AUUGCAAUCAAUAAAUCCAAGUAUUAUAAGACGAGUAAAGGUCUUCGUUUAGGCGCCGGGCCUUUCGUCAGCGCUCUUGAGUUCGCCACCGGACAGACCGCUCAGAUUGUGGGCAAACCUAAUCAUCAGUUCUUUCUGCAGGCUUUGGAACCGUUUGACUGCAGACCCGAAGACAGUGUUAUGAUUGGAGACGACGUUUGCGAUGACAUCGGAGGCGCUCAGAGCUUAGGAAUGGCCGGCAUUUUAGUGAAGACCGGGAAAUACCGUUCGGGAGAUGAGAACAAAAUCAAUCCUUUGCCUCAUUAUGUUUUGCCAUCUUUUAGUGAAGCCAUUGAUUUAAUUAUUCAAAAUAAUAGCUAA